AUGUCCACCGAGUUAGAUCGGGACACACUUCAGCAACUCAUCAGAGACGCACCACCUUGGUAUAAAGCUGGCAGCCUUGUGAGAUUAUACUUACUACUAAUCGCUCCUCUUCUCACCUCGACGGCAUGGGGGUUCGACCAAAGCCUAACAAAUGGACUGCAAUCCGUCGAUACAUUCAUGGUCACUUUUGACAGUCCCAGUGGCUCACGUCUUGGAUUCUUCGGGGCUGCAGCGGCCGUCGGUGGCAUCGUGGCGUGCAUCAUUGGCGGCCCAUUCGCGGAGAGAUUUGGACGAAGAAUCAUGUGUUCGGCUGGCGCUGCGCUUGUCGUAGCAAUGGCUCUCAUGCAAACCUUUUCGACCAGUUUCGAAAUGUUCACAGGAGGAAAGCUUCUCGUCGGACUAGGGUCCUAUCUCCAGCAGAUCGCAGCCCCAGUACUGGUUACCGAGCUUGCGCAUCCCAAACAGCGCGUCUCCAUCACUUCUAUCUACAACACGAGCAUAUUCCUCGGCUUGGUUAUCGGCGGCUGGGUUACUUUCGCCACCUACCGUAUUGAAAGCCAGUGGGCCUGGAAACUCCCCUGUGUCCUUCAGAUUGUCAUUCCGUCCUACCAAAUGGUCAUGAUCUGGCUCUGUCCUGAGAGUCCCCGGUGGCUCGUCUCAAAAGGACGCAUUGAGGAAGCUCGGGCUAUUCUCGUCAAAUACCACGGAAACGGCAUCGAAGACAACCUCGUCCGCUUUGAGAUGCAGGAAAUUAUUGCCGGUGUUGAGGCCGAUAAGACAAUCAUGAAGUUCAACCUGCAAUCAGUCAAGACUAUUAUCGGCACUAAAGGCAACCGCCAUCGCCUCUGGCUAUGUCUCGUAACGGCUGUGGCAUCGCAAACAAUCGGCGGUGGUUUUACCGCCACGUAUCUCCCGCUCAUUCUCGAUCAGAUCGGAAUGAACUCCGAAAAAGACAAAACGCUAAUCAACGCCUGUCUGAGCCUUUUCCACUGGGUGGUCUGCUUUCUGUCCGCGUUCGUUAUUCCCAGGGUCAGACGCCGUACGAUCUUCCUGUUCUCGGCGGUCGGUAUCAAUGUUACUUUCAUCAUCUGGACUGCCCUGAGCGCGAGAUACACAAUGACCGGAGACCCGAAUAUGGGUAUCGGCGUAUUGGUCAUGAUCUUCAUGAGCUCUUUCUUUGUUGCCAUCUGCUGGGUUCCUUUGGUCAUUGCGUAUCCCUUGGAAACUGUGACCACUAAGCAGCGGAGUAUUUUCUUCAGCACAACGAUGCUUGUUGUCAACAUUUCGAACUUUAUUAACACUUAUAUGAGCCCAGUGGGGAUUGACCGGAUUGGUUGGCACUACUACAUUCCCACUUGCGUUUGGAAUGCCCUGCUUUUAAUGGUCAUUUAUUUUACGUUCGUGGAGACUAGUGGAAUGACGUUGGAGGAGAUUUCAACUCUCUUUGAUGGAGAUGAAGACUUCCUGAAUACUGUUGCUGCCGUUGGUGCUGACUUGGAUGGGAAGAAUGGAGAGAAGGCAUGUCAUAUUGAGAAGUCCGAGAGGCUCUGA